CACUGAGGACACUAAAGUCUGGUCCUCUAUAGUUUUUCCUGGAAACGUGGUUUUAGAAACUUCUUUAAUCUCUACAAAUAAACAUUUAAAUUGGACUAGAUUUAAGUAAAUACAUAAAAUAAAUGCUGAUUUUAUUUGUGUGCCUUAGACUUUGCGGGCAACAAUUACUAUAAUUGAACAGUGAAAUAAUACAAUUCUUUAAAAUCAAAAUAAUUAAUAGUCUGACACUUGUACUGCCACGGUCUUGACCUGAAGCCUAUUUUACCUUUGGGUUAAGGGUCUGCCAGAUAUCAGCAAUGAUUUGCUGAGUCUUGACAUAACUCACUGGUAACUCCUUGAUGUAAACACCAAUCCGCUCUCCCAGCCCGACUACCUCCAAACCCUACAAUUAAAAGAUCAGCCAAUUUAAGCAGGCUAUUAAACUUCACAAUGGCCUUUUAAACACCAACACCUAACGCUAAAAUUAAAACAAACACUACCUGGGCUGCUUUCCAGCUCGUGUUCACCAAGAACUGUCUGAAGGGUCCAAACCCUUAGAAGAUAGGUUUAAAAUCGCACCUUAAAAAUUAAAGGGCGUUUGAAGAGCUCGUGUAUUCAUGAGCAAUCAUCACGUUACCUGUAAUGGCCACAAUUUCGCUUCGAUUCAUGACGCACUCAAGUUUGCUCGGUUGGAAAGAGAGUUGUGUGCACGUCAUGUUUGGACCGUGAAAGACAAGUAGUAUCUUCUGUUUUCUUACAACUGACUAACUUUUCCGCGUGGGGGAGCUAUUCCCCUGCAAAUGUUGAAAUGAUGCCUUCAAGUAGCUCCGGUAAGGUCCGACAUCCGAUUGACAAAGUCGAUAGUCAUCACGUUUUGCUUGCAUUUGCUACAUUGUUUUUAAACCCUCAUUGGGCCUAUUACAAUUAGCUGCUGAAAAAUUACUUAUGUGGCCAUAAACAGAGGACACAGAGGAAAAACAACAUGGCAUUUCACAAAAAAAGCCGCAAUUACAGGCCUACAGCAAAUCAUUUAGAGCCAUUUUCUUUCCAUUUUAAAGAUAGGCUAUACUCCAUUGCGCAGUCAGUGCGCCCAGGGCUUUAAAUUGUUUCUCUGCACGACGUAUUCUCAACAUCUAGGUGGCGCUUUUUAGUCUGACCGUUUGUGUGGGUGACUACGGUGAGCUCAGAUUGUUACUUUCAGACGGUACAUAAAUGCAACACCACAUCUGCCAGGGACACGGACGCAUAUGGGACGAUUCUGUGAGGCAGGACCCGCCCUUCUCCUGCUGCACUUGUCAAAGGCAACUGAUCGCAAAUUGCACAGUUGCGCCCAUAGACGCACACGCAAAUGAUAGUGAGGCAACCUGUCUCUAAAAUUAAUAUAAAGGCCGGACAAAUUUUUAACUGUAUUUUAACAAAUUCAUGCCACAAUGUUGCCUUUCAAGAGAACUUUUGAGAGCGAUAAACAGCAGCUGCAAGAGCUCAACAGCAGACUUGCCCAGUAUCUAUGCAGAACGAAGCAGCUGGAGCAGGAAAAUGCGCAUCUGAUUACUGAAAUAAAUAAACUCAGAGACACGAAGACUGUGGCAUGGGAACCGAAGUACAAGACUGAGAUGCGAGAUCUGAGGAGAAUGGUGGAACAGCUGUCGUUUGAGAAGUCCAAGGCUGAGAUGGAGAGAGAGAAGCUAUGGCGAGAGUUGCAGAUGGUCCAGUCUGUCUGCAGCGAGCAGACUGAGGUGUGCAGAGACAUCAGUGGCGACCUCAAAGGCUGCGAAGAGGAGCUUCAUCACGCUUACAAGACCAACACUGAACUCCAACAGCGUUUAGUUCAACUAAAGAACGAAUAUGCAUGCUUAGAGGAUGCGCACAGGCAAGAAGUGGACCAUCUCCGACGUCAGGUGGAGUCCCGGGUGGUACCAAUCAUCACACAAACUUAUCGCGGGCCUGCGGCGGCCUCCAUGGAAGAAGUCCAGGCGUAUGCCCGCGGUAUGUCCGAGGGAUGGAUUGAGACAUUUGAAAUGUACCAGCAGAAGGUGGAUGAGAUGGAGCAAACGAUUAAAGCAGACCGAGCGAGAUUGAGUGAUCUGCAGAGGGAAAAGAUGCUGUACGCUACAGAGUUGGACAAAUUACGCACAGAGGCGGAAAAACAAGGCCAAAUUCAAUUGCGUCUUGAGGAAGAACUGGCACAAAUGCAGGAAAAAUUGCAUGUGGACAUAAGUGAAUAUCAGAUGAUUGUUGAGCAGCUGGAGCAUGAGAGAAACAUGAUGGCUGACACAAUGGAACAAAAGAUGAGAGAACAUCAACGCCUUCUCCAAGUGAAGACGAAUCUGGGCGUGGAGGUGGCUGCCUACAGGGCUCUCUUGGAAGGUGAAAGAGUGGACCUGGAAGAUGGUCUUAAGAGGAUGGAUCACCAUCAAAGAGAAAGAAUAAUAGAUAUCAAGAUUCCUGCCCAACCCUACACGCCAAGAGCUUCCUCCUUAACCACCAGACAACAAAUGGAUAUUCGGUACACACCACCAUCUUCAAGCCUGAGAAGAGCCACUGUGCCAGUAAGUCCCUCUAGGGUCAUUCCUAUUGCAGUCGCAGGCAGAGCUCUGCAUCAGAGUCCUGCAGCCAGAAGGGACAUGAUCUCAUUCGCCCAAACCCGGGCUACCACAACUACCACCGCUACUACUAAAGAUAAACAAACAGGCCAAAGUGCAAACCAAAUGAGUCAGGGUAGGCAGAAAUCAAAAUCAGAGGAGAGAAUUGUGAAAAUCAAACAGGUCUCUCAGCUGGAGAACCAAAUAAGUCCCAUCAAGGACUCCACUGCCAGGACCAAUUCAAUAAGAGUGGUCUCACCGCCAGUGAUGGACCUCAACACAAAAACUGAGACGGAAAGCAAAAAGAAAGUGUCAGAGGAAAAAGAGGCAGAUAAUGUUUAUGACAGCAAAUUCAAAGACAACAACAGAGAUUCUAUGACAGGGCCAAGUGAGAACGUUUUAGAUUCUGUGUCUGUAGAGGAGAUCAUUGAGAAAGUGAUAAAACCAGCAGGUUUAGAAGCUAAGGCUUCCUCAUCAGGAGAAUCAACGGUGACAUAUCAUGUGGAGAAAACUGAGCAGAAGGAUGGCACGACCAAGACACAGAUCGUACUGGAGUCCAAGGUGGAAGAAAAGCUGGAUGUUUCUGAGGACUCUGCCCUAGAUGAACUACUGAACCAAGGUGUGAAGAAGGUAACACUGGAGGACAUCAAGGACACAGCAACAGAAAGCAUGAUCAAAAAUCUGUUAAGUGGCCUGCAGGGAGGGGAGAACUUGCAGAACAAGUCUGUGAACAUAGAAAUCAUUGAGGAACCAGUGGAGUCCCACAGUGAUGUAGUGCACAAGGUUGAAGAGAACUCUAGGUCUAGAUUUUAUGAGCCCUCAACAACAUAUUUCCAGAUUGAGGAGCUAGAAAAUGCCCCUCAUGAAACUCAAGUUCAGAGAAGUGAUGAAGAUGCUAUGGAAAUGUCCAUAACCGACACAGACCAUUCCAAGGGUGAAUCUGUUCAUGUUGAAGAUAUCUCUAAAGAAAGUGAAUCUUCAUAUUUCUCCCAUGACCAAGAGCCUCAUGAGUAUUUUGUCUCCACACCAGAUGAUAAUCUUUCUGAACCUGAGGAGGGUGGCGGCAUUACCUCAUGUGGGCAUUAUGGCAUAGUGGAUGACCUGUCAGAUGAGAGGUAUUAUCAAGAUAGUCUUCCACCACAAAGAAUGACUGUAGAGAAAAGUGACAAACACGAGUUCAUGUCAGGUGAUCACCCGUUUGUCAAAGAAAGUUUCCCAGAAUGCAUCAUCGAAGAGGAGGUUUGUGUCUCCCCUGUAGUGCAGGAGUCAGUUCUUGAAUUUCUGAGGGAGGACUUGCUGGAGCCCAAAGAGCAGCUAAAGGGAGCUCUGGAGACACUACAAAGCUCGGUGUCAGGUCCGCUGAGGGAGGAGUUGGCUUUCCUCACAAAAGUGAGUAAUGAAUGUCCACAGAACGUGGCUGUCAAUGUCAAAAAAGUGCAACAGUCCAGUGACAAUGGAACCAUGACCAUUGUUGCAGAACUGAAUGUCACUCAAACCCUGGAGCACUCUGGGCUGCUUGAGGCAGGGGAUGACCUGUCCGAAGAGCAGAUCAUGUCAGCUCUCAGAUCUUCUAACCUAGGGCUUGAGAAAGAUUUCCCAGGUGGGGCAGGAGGAGGGUACAGCAUCCGAGUCUCCAAAGAUGAGGAUGUCGUACACGGUGAAGAGUUUGAAGACUUAACUAAUGUUGCGAAGUCUGUGUCUGAAAUCACUGAGAAACAUACCAAACUGGGUCCAUCAGAACAGUCCUUCACCUUCCAGAUGAACGUACAGGGCAGCUACACUGACGUGACCUCAGAGCAAGAGCUGCAAUCUCAAGUCUUAGAAACCCCAGUCAAGAUGUCUCAAGAGAAAAGAGUUGCAACACUUUAUCUUGAAAGCCCUACAGAUGACUAAACGAAUUCAGUCAGAAAUAUUUUUCAACUCAAUACUUGCCAAUGUAUUACUUUUUGAAGUGCACAUAUAGAGGUUAGUUGGAUGCAGCAGUCUAAUGGCAUUAAUGCCGACUGCAUUAAUAAUGCCUUAAUUUUUGCAACAUUCUAUAUCCAAUUGAUUUUGGUGUGCUCUUUUACCAUACCUACUUAGCAUGC